AUGUCCGCUGUACUUGCGACGAUGUUAUCGCGCCUGUACGCUACGGAUCCAAUGUCCGUGGGCGAGUUUCUAAACCCGCCGGAUGAGAACACAACAGCAGACGAAUUCACAGAUGACGACUCUGUGGAGUUGGCGACCAAGAAUUGGCUGUAGACGACUCUGAGACAGGCUAAAAGAACCCGAAAGAGGACGAUAUGUAGUGUAGUAUUGAGGAGGACCUUG